CCGAAUUCCCCAAUCGCAUCGCCUCAGCGGCUGCUGGGUGAGGGGCAGUAUACUCGUGUGAUCUGGGAUUGCUAUCUUCUCUUGCGAACUGGUUGAUCUGCGUGCCGACUCCUCUCCUCUGCCCCCGUGGCUGCUCUCUUCUUCCGGGAAGAAGAAGAUCAUCGGAAGAGUAUUAGUCACUCCUGAAGAUGAGAAGAUUCUUUCCAUUCCGCUCAUUCACAAGCAAUGGUGGGAAUGGAAAAGCAGAAGCAGGACAUGAUAAGAGAAAUGAUAACAAAGUGGAUGAAGGAGGGACCAGCUGUGCCUCUGAUUCUCCUGAUAGACAGUCAGUCAGGUCAAGAAGCCGCCAUGGAAAACCAAGGAGUGAGGAAUCAUCCAAUCCUCAGCUCAGGAGGUGCCAGUCAUUCUCAUCAUCAGCAAUUGAUCGUACCUUGAAUGAGCGGACAAUUAGUUUUUCAGGUGAUAUUCCAUGUUCUUUCUCCAACACUUCUGAUGCGCCUCGACACAUUGGGUAUGCAGAAAAUCUUCGCUCCCCACGAUAUCGAAUCCAGUGCGACGGCGGUAUCGGUAGCGGCGGAAAGCUGCAGCUACGGACUGGGCCAACGACAUCGUUUGCAUGCGACGCCCUCGCAACAGCGGCGUCGAUCCAUCGUCAACAUGCGCUGCUGCUGCGUUUUACGGUGCUAUCCCUGGUCACAAGAAAUACACACCAAUAUUGGAGAAUACAUGAUAAAGGUUCCAAAAAUACAUGUGGCACAGGAAAAUGAUUCACCUGAUUCAAGAUGCUACUCAUGCUCAACAGGACACUCUCCUGUCAGCUCUCAUGUUGCAUUAAAAUGCAGGCUGACCAAUUUAAAGCAAGAAUGAAACUGUAGAUCUAUACAUUGAUGGAGAACAAGAGUUGAGCAGUCUACAUGAGAGACAAGCUGAAAUUACCUAUCAAAUCUUCAGCAUCUUAUUUGGGACGGGGACGACCACCUAGGCCCCAUUCUACAGCUCCAUCUUCACCAAAAUCUUGCAAAGAAAUUGUUGAGAGCUACUCAAACAUCGACAUGAUUGAUGCCUUCCACCACCAACUAGAUCAAGACGAAACAAAGGGCAUACGGAAGAUUGUAUCUGUGCACGAUGCACCUGGAAAUGAUGCACAACUGCUCGGAGCAUCUUCUGAAAACUUUUCACAUACAGAGGAGUGCAAAUCACAAAGUAUUGCUACAGCGGAAGAUAUUUAUGGUCAUUUGCAAGAUGCACAACUUUCAUGCUUUUGUGGUACUUCAGUGGAUUAUGUUUCAGGCACUACGUCAAGUUGCUUUGCUGCAGAUGGCUGUCGUCGUGACGACUCUCAUGGUUUUCGUGAAAAGAACCUUGAACAAGACACUGAUGAGAUAGCUACUAAAGUACUAAUGCUCUCAUCCACCAAAGCCGGAACGAAAAAAAAGAUACU